CAGGAGGAAACAACAGGGUGCUCGAGAUUGGCGGGACGUGCACCACAACUACUUGGUGCAGUGGAGCAACCGGGUGCAGACAAUCGUACACGGUGGAGCCGCCCACCGCUCGGGUCCGUACCGCGAGUACUUGAGGUAGCUGCACGACUCCUCCAGGUUGGCAAUCAAGCCGCCACGAGUUGCAGUUGGAGCGGAGGAUUUGCCGGACUCCGAUGACGAGGACGACCUCGUAGAUGAGUACGACCAAAUCACGAGACACAACCGUCAGCCCGAGCGUGCUUUGCUUCACAACUACAUGGUAUUCGUAUUUUGCCAUACCAACAUUGUAUUCGUUCAUGGUUUUUACCGUACUUUACGGAUUGUGUCGGCGUUGCAGGGACAGCAGCUCGGGCGCCUUGCUAAUGAGGCUGGGCAAGCUUUGCUUAUCCCUCCGGGGUCAGCGGAAGAGGUUGGCCAACUUCGUGCUUUUGUAGAGAGGGUUCGUAGGAGCUGCCGCCGCCUUGCUUACAAGAUGAGCUGCAUGACGACCCCGGAUGUGGAGCUUGCACAUGGUGGGCCUUCUUCGGAGUCAUCUGCUGGCCACACGGGUGCUUCAACACAGCAACAGACGCCGAUGCAUUACGGUACCCGGACUCGCACGCGCAGCACUAGUGUGGCUCGGACGCAGUCACGUAGUAUGACUGGAGCCGCCUCUACUUCCGUUGGGACGGCUGCACGAGGCAAGGCCCCAUGGGAGCAAACCUCAGAGAGCGAGGAACAGAGCUCGGACGAUGGAGAUCCAUCGUACGGUGUGGAUGUGAUGGGGACCUCGCAGCUCGCAGGCGCCCCUCCAGCGACCCAGCUUACACAGCCCCCACGGCGUCACCGAGACAGGACAAACAUUGCCAGUGGCAAUGUCCUUCCAUCCAACACAGCCCGCGAAAGGAGGAAGAAGAAGCCCUACACCCCCGGGAUGUGA